AUGGCUAGAGGAAGAAGCAAAUCCACAGUGCUGCAGAUUGCCAAUGACGUCCCUGUGAUAACCAAUGGGAUCAGUGCGCUUCAUGAAAAGCUAGGUCCAGCCACACCACCGACUUCGUUUCGACAUUCGAGAUCAAAAUCGCUUAGUGGCAGGGAACCGAAACGUCAAGCAGAGCCAAUAGCAGCAGGGCCACACUUGACCCCGCUCGACGAAAAUGACAAAAGCGGGCUAUGGAAUCAAUAUCUAGAGUCGUUCAAUUACGACUUGGUGCUAAAACCUCAUGAUAUCGAUCAGAUCAACAUUCAGCAUUUGGACCAUGUGCUUGGCUUUCAGAACAACUUGAGGUUGAAUCAGCAGGAGCUAAAUCGGUUUAUUAAAGAAACCGAUGGUCUAAUUGAAAACGUGGAUGAUCUUUUCAGCAAGUACAAAAACAUCACUAGUCAGACUUUGGAUUUCGACAGGUCAGCAAAUAGCUUGUUGCAGAAACAAGUUCAAUACGAAGAGAAAUUCGACCAGAUACACCAGUACCUCAAGCACUUUAAACAUUUGGACUCGAUAACCAAAAACUUGUCGAGGUCUGGCUCUCACUUGCUUACUCAGAAGCGUCAGCUUUUCGUUGAGGAAAUCUUGGUGAAUUUGGACACCUCGUUGGAGUUUGUUGAAGCGCACCCCAAUUUCAAAGAUAGCGAAUUGUAUGAAAGCAGAUUCAGGCAAUGCAUGACUCGUGCGUUGACUUUGAUCCAAAACUAUCUCAACAAUGAGUUGAAAAGCAUUCAUGAUUCAGUAGAGAGAAGUUUACACGAUCUGAAAAAGAACCUUGAUAUCGACUUGUUGAUCUACAACGAGUUUAACAAUUAUCUAAAAUACAACCAAACUGUAUUUAACGAGUUGAUUCAGGAGUUGAUCAAGAGGAGUGUGAAACAUAGCGAGUAUAAUGGGCUCGUGAGUGAUGUUUUAUCAAACUACUUUAGAAUCCGACUAAAGUUUUUGAGGCUAUUUAUUGACAAAACAUCGACGAUUCAUGAGCUCUACAAGGCUCACGAAAGUGCCAGCCUUGUCCAGCUUUGCCAAAAUCAAAUUUCAUAUUUCCGGAAAAUCAUCGAGAGGGAACAAGAUCUUUUCAUCAAAUUUUUCUUUUUCCAAGCCUCUUCAUCCGACCCCAGUAUCAAACUUUCCUUUGCUUGGGAUGAGUUUUACAGUUUUUUGCGCAAUGCGAUAGAUCCACUUUACGAUGGAAUAAGGUUACUCGUGUUGCGGGAAUCCAACAUUGGUGCCUUGUGCGAGUUGACCACGUUGCUUCAAAAAUACUACGAGUUUGAAGAUGGCGACGAUAUAAACGGCAGCAUUGUUGACAACCAGAGUAUCUUUAGCGUGGGGGGCCAAAGUGGUGGCGGCAAUGACUCCGUCAAGUACGGGCUAUUGUUCCAGCCGAUACUAGACGACACCCAAAACAGAUUGAUCUUUAGAAUCCAGAAAUACGUCGAUAACGAGUUGAUGCGGUAUAAACCAAAACCCCUGGAUCUCAAAAUCGGUCAUGUGCGGAAACAGUCGCAAACAAAGGAAACCAGACACCCGCUAGACGUUGACUAUGAGGAGAAUUUGUUCCCAGAUACAUACUUGCCGCUCGCGAAAGCUUUGACAAUCUUGUCCAGCAUCUACGAGCUCAUCAAUUCCGUCGUGUUUGACGAUAUGGCGCAUUAUAUUGUCCACGCCUCUAUAAAGCUACUCAAGAAUGACUAUUUGAAAUUGGCCGUGGGCUACAUGGGUCAAGUUGAUGGGCAGUUGUCAUACUUGAAAAAUUUGAUACUCUUGCGCAAUCAGGUCAAGAAUUUCGACAUUCAUUGCACAAGAAACGACUACUAUAUCGACUUCACUAGUGGCCUUGCCGACAUAUGGCAGAGUUUGAAGCUGAGCGACUUUACCAACGGAGGCGUAAGCGGGGUCUUUCUCACACUUGCCAAAAAAACGGUCCCCAAAGUCAUUAAUGACAUGCUCGAUGCCAAUCUUGAAAUCGAGAUGGAAUCGAACAAUGCCGUGACAGAUUUCAUCACCAACUGCUCAAAUGACAUUUGUCAGCCAAUCAUCCACAAGACCAAGGCGACAAAAGACAAUUGCACUGCAUUCAAGGACAAUUUGAUCAUCAAGAUUCCCAACUUGUACGCCCAGGCCAAAAUUAUUCUCGAGGAUCCAGUGGUUACUCGCUUUUUGAUGGAAAAUUUAUCAAACUUGAUAUUAGUUACUUAUGAGCAUUUUCUCAACAGUUUGCAACCAGAUCAACAACCGACUGAGGACUUGGAGGACUUGAUGGAAGCUGAUGCAUUAUACGGCUUCAUUAACGAUAUCAUCCAACAUUUAUAUGAUGACGACGAAGACCAGCCCAAGCCUCCGAAAUUCAAUGAGGACAUUUUGGGAGCAUUGGACUUGGAAGAUGAAAUCUCGGCUCGUUCGCGCCCAGCGCUGCCCGUGUCAAUGGACUUGAUGCUUUGA